AUGACCGCGUCUCGUUUUGUUGCACUCGGUGCAGCGUUCCUUCACUUGACUUCGGCUAGUGUCAUCCUUCGUAGGGAUCUGACCCCCCCAACAAAUCCCCAGGAAGGUUGGAACUAUAUCGGAUGCUUCGUUGAUAGCGUUGCCCAGCGCGCUCUCAAUGGUGCUGUCCACUAUGACACCACCGGCCUCACUGCUGAGAGCUGCGUCGCCUUCUGCUCUGAUGCCGGUUUCGCUUACGCCGGGAUGGAGUAUACGGCUGAAUGCUUCUGUGGCAACACUAGGCCUACCAACCAGGCUGCCGAGGCUGAUUGUAGCAUGCCAUGCUCUGGUGACAGCAGUCAGCCUUGUGGUGCCGGCGAUAGGUUGACUGUCUUUGCCAGCUCCUCCGCUACUGUGACGUCAUCUGCUACUCUCUCGAGCUCUCAGACUGAGUCUAGUCUCACUGCGUCUGAGACCGAGACCGAGACUGGGACCAGCGUCACCGUGUCCGAGACGGAGUCCCCUCUUCCCAGUGCCACCGGCCUGCCCGACGGCUGGGCUUAUCAGGGCUGCUACAUUGACCCCCCUGGACGUGCCAUGGCUGGUGCUCCAGGUAGCCCAUCGUCUUCCAUGACUCCCCAGAGGUGCAUUGCUACGUGCAUCGCCAACGGCUUCAAAGUUGCCGGCCUAGAGUACUCGGAGGAGUGCUUCUGUGGCAAUGCGCUGAACAACGCCGCCUCAAAGACAUCUGAGUCGGAGUGCAACAUGCCCUGCGCUGGUGACAGUAGUCAGAUUUGCGGUGCUGGCAAUCGUCUCUCCCUCUACUCGGAUGGUGAAUUUCCCAUCUGGCCGAUUCCUGUUGCCAAGGAUGAGGAUCUACCUGGUGACUGGGAAUACAAGGGCUGCGUCUUUGACAAUGGCAACCCCUACAUCCUUGAGUGGCUCUGGGAGGAUGCACCCAACUACGACAGCAGCGAAAUGACGAUUGAUUUCUGCCUCGAGCGUUGCCAGAGGUUCGGCUACUCGGCCGCUGGUGUCGAGUACGGUCGUCAGUGCGUCUGUGGUGAUCUCGGUGCCGUCGAGGCCAGAGGAGAUGUUUGGAAGGAUGACGGGUUCUGCAGCAUGCCUUGCCCUGGUGAUCGCAACUAUACGUGCGGUGCUGGUAACCACAUCAGCUACUAUGAGUGGACUGGAAGCUCGCUCAACACGUUCCAUUAUGCAUCUGGGUUUGCCGCUGGCGAGUAUGACUUCUUCUCAACCGCGCCUAUCGUCCCUUUGAUCAGCUCCGUUGGCAUCAACGACAAGGUCGUCUUUGUUGAGAAGCACGGUACCUCCUGGGACAACACCGAGGGCUCUUUCGAGUUUGACUACACGACCAACACUUACCGAGAGCUUGCCCUCAAGACUGAUGUAUUCUGCUCGGCUUCAUUCACCUUGCCUGACAAGGCCGGUAGGAUGAUCAACAUUGGUGGUUGGUCAGCCGAGUCUGUCUAUGGCAUCCGCUUCUUCACUCCCGACUCGCCGCAAGGAGUUGAUAAUGGCACCAAUGACUGGGAGGAGGAUUACUCGCUGUUGCGCCUCUUUGAUCCCCGCUGGUAUCCCACUGCUAUUGUUCUUUCCAACGGUUCUCUGCUCGCCAUGGGUGGUGAGUCUGGCUCUGAUGCCCCAAUUGUACCGUCGUGUGAGGUGCUGCCCCAUCCUGAGGGUGUCACUGAGUCGACCUACCUCGACUAUCUCGAGCGCGCUGAGAACAUUGGACGUACCAACUCGUACCCGCACUUGGCCAUUCUUCCCUCGGGAGACAUGUUCUUUGCACAGUUUAACGAGUCACGGAUCAUCUCCCAGACAGACUUCCAAACAAUCCGCCAGCUGCCAGAUAUGCCUGGCGCCGUCGACAAUCCUCUGACUGGUCGCAACUACCCCUUGCAGGGCACCAUGAUGCUCAUGCCCCAGAAGGCACCAUACACUGACCCUCUCGAGGUUCUUGUAUGUGGUGGCACUACCGCUGAACCUGGAAAUGAGGCCCUUGACAACUGUGUCAUCAUCGAGCCAGAUAGCCCUGGUGCCGAGUGGACUAUCGAGCGAAUGCCCUCAAAGCGUGUCAUGCCUACUAUGAUCGCCCUCCCCGACGGUCGUUACCUCAUUGUCAACGGAGCCAAGGUAGGCCGCGGUGGGUUCGGACUGGCCGACGACUCCAACCUCAAUGCUGUUAUGUACGAUCCUGAGCAGCCCCUUGGACAGCGCAUGACCGUUUUGGCCAACACCACCAUUGCUCGCAUGUACCACUCCGAAGGCGUUCUCCUCAGUGAUGGCAAGGUGCUCAUUUCGGGCUCCGAUCCUCAGGACGAGGGUAAGCAUCCUCAGGAGUAUCGCCUUGAGUACUUCGUGCCCGAUUAUCUUCUGUCUGGCGCUACCCGGCCUGAGUUCACUAUCGAGGAUCGCGAUUGGGCUUAUGGUCAGAGCUACACCUUUACUCUUACAUCACCACUGACUGAGGGCGCUGCCAACAUGCGUGUGUCGCUCUUGGCCUCGAUCGGCUCUACUCACGGCAUCACAAUGGGCCAGCGCACCAUGUUCCCAACAUUUUCUUGCACCGGUAACACUUGUACCGUCGAGGCACCACCCAACGCCUUCAUCAGUCCCCCCUCCUGGUAUCAGAUGUUCGUUCUUGACGGGCCAACACCCUCCCACGCCACCUGGGUGAGAAUUGGUGGAGACCCAGCUCAUCUGGGCGAUUGGCCUAACCUUCCUGGCUUCACUACUCCUGGUGUCUAA